AGGUGGUGCUGAUUGCGUCAUUUCCUGUAACUGGUUUCCGGGAGACGGGUGGGAAUUUUCGUCAUGGGUUACAGUGGUUUGACGGUCCCCAUUAUCGUCCUCACUGUUUUCUGGGGUGUCGUGGGCGGUGUUGUGCCCUGGUUCAUCCCGAAAGGACCAAAUAGAGGUGUUAUUAACACCAUGUUGGUGACAAGUGCUGUUUGCUGCUACCUUUUCUGGCUGAUUGCAAUCCUGUCCCAAUUAAACCCCCUCUUUGGUCCACAAUUGAAAAAUGAAACAAUAUGGUACUUGCGCUUCCAAUGGCCUUGAAUCUGACAGCAAAUAUCUUUGAUCAGAGAAGGAAGAUACCUUUUAAAAUUGCUGCAGAUGAUUCAUUUCCUUUGUACAUGAGCAGCUUUCUUACAUGGAACUUUUCCAAAUGGCAUUCAACAGUGGUGGAUUUUUGAAAAUUUUGCGUUCUGGUUUAUAAUGCAUGAAUUGGAAUUGAUUCUUGGAGUUUAAAGUAAUAAAACUAACAAGUGUGAAUAUUUAGCAAUAUAUUGGAAGCUUGACUGUGCCUUAAAUGUUCUACAAUUUUAUGACACUUGUAUGUAAAGAGAAAUCAUCAGAAUGUGCCACUGAGGGGAAAUAAUAUAUUUUGUGUUUAUUUUGUGGGGUCUUAUUUUUGUACUAACCUGUGUACGGCAAUGUGAAUAAUGCAGAUCUAGUUGGAGCAGAUAUGUACUGCUUUUGUAUUUCUUGCCUUCUGUUUUCUUACUAAAGUCACAUUUCAAAAUCUGAUCCUGAUAAUUUAAUAAAUACUUGAUGAAAGCUCUG